UGGCAUCUCCUCUUCCUCUGUGGUUAGAUUACACCGUGAUGCGAGGUAUGGGGACCUCCGGGAACGUGGAGUACCGCUGCUGGCCGUCCUACAGCCAGCUGGGCUGUGUGCUGUCGGUCCACAGUGCCAGAGAGGCAGCGUACAUCUGUAACUCCCAUUCUCAGUGCAACAGCUUCACUCUGACUGGACAGAAGACGUGGACAGGUCGCCUUCUGGCCUCCUUCAGGAGCAGCUUCAGUCAUCUGGUGCCUGAUGGGAUGUCAGAGGUGUACGUGAAGAAAACCAAAGCUCCUGAAACCUCCACAUUGUGACACUAGGAACAAACAGAACGAUCCCGUUUCAGGCUGGCGGGAGUCAUUACGGAGGCGGGAUGAGAGAUAACGGGCAGUCUGCGAUGUGAAGCAAAGCAAAAUGUUGCGCUUAAGAUGAGAUCCUGCUCGUGAACAUGUUGAACGAAAGUCGGCUCUGCGGAUUAUGCAGGAGGGAGCGUAGAGGCUGGGCUGAGGAGGAGGCGUUUGAAGUGAGGCAAGUGAAUGUGAUGUAUUUAUAGGGCUUCUGCUCAGUGACUGUUUGAUCUGCCUGCCAGCUCACUGCCUCUGCCAACUACUAUUUAAAGGGAUUUCCCUUCAGGUACAAUUAAGGAGGGGAGAGCCUUGUGCCCUCAACAUGUUUUUUUUGUUGUUUUUUUUCCUACCAUGUCUUUAUUUGCCAUGUGUGUUGGCUUUCGUUUGUGAGGCCAGGUCCCCAUAGUUGGAUUUUUAAGCCAAAGAGGUAAUAAGAACAGCCACUGCAGCUCAACAUUUGAAGCCUGAGGACGAGAAAAGAAAACAAGCUCUUACACAAAUACACUUUGAUGUUAAUGCGCUGAGGUUGCGGCUGUUUUUUCAUGGUUCCCUGGCUUAGCUGCACUGUGGUAUGCGAUGGAAACAACCAUGUAAGCAUUUACACAUCAACAAUGAGCAAAGAUGAUUAAAACCAUUCCAGAUCAGUCUGUGUAUACAUACUUUUGUAAACUUAGUUUAUAGUGCUUAGUUCAUAAAUAUUUAAAUGAUCGAAUGAAAUGUAAUUGUUCUUACAUGAUUGUGCAUUAUAGCUUACGUGCACCUUGUGGGUGAAACUUUUAUUUUCAAUGAAAAAUUAUUGACUUCAGUGUUUUCUUUUAUACUUCACUUAUUGUAAUUGUACAGUUUGACAAUUUUGUAAUUAUAUAAAUGUGUUGUUUCUA